AUGGAGGAUUUACAAGAGAACAAGAGUGCCUUAGAACAACAGGUUCGAGCACUCACUUCCGAGUUGGGGGUCAUCAAGGCUUCGUUGAAUCAGGGGGAAAAAGAAAGAGAACGUUUUGAGACUUCAUUUUCUGAACAAUUAUCCAAGGCCAGUGAAGAAAUCAGGGCAUUGAAGGAUCUUUUGAACCAAAAAGAAAUUUAUGCCGGGGAGUUAGUUCAGAAUUUGACUAAGGCACAGGAGGAUCUUCGUGCCUCUGUGGAUAGUAUGCAUGCUUUGGAGAAUUCUCAUGCCGCCCUUCAAUCUUCUUAUGAUUCUGUAUUAGCUGAGAAUGAAGGACUCAAGAAUGAGGUCGCUGCUUGGGAAAGGGAUUAUGAAAUCCUUGAGGAAAAAACUGAUGUUGAGGUUGAAGUUCCCUUGGUUGAAACUCUCGUCUCUGAAGCCUUUGUGAAUGCUGCAAUUGCUUCGGAUGUUGUAUCUUCUUCAAGCUCAACUGUGCCCCUUGCUGCAAGCCAAGCUGAGAUCUCGUCUGUCGAUGUUGUUCCAGUUGAGCCCGCUGAUGAUCCUUCCUCAGUCGUAACUACUUUACAGGAAAGGGGAGCGAUUGAAUACACUAUUGUGGUAGCCGAAACGGCGGAUUCCCCUGCUACAUUACAAUACCUUGCUCCUUAUACAGGAGCAGCUCUGGCUGAAUAUUUUAUGUAUCGUGGAAGAAAAGCACAAAAAAAGAAGAAGAAAUUACCUUCGCGUCAAGGCUUCCAAAUCGUCAAAAGUAAACUCAAAGUGGUUUGCAAACGCUGA